GUUCCCUUCUGUGUUUCUAUGCUUGAGGAAUUAAAAGAUGGUGUAAACUGAUUUGAGAAGAACUAUAAACAUCAAUAAAACACAAAUAAAAUUGUAUUAUCAAAUCUGCAUGUUAAACUCUACCCUCUACACCUCUGCUAAAAGGUAUAUUGCUUUCAUAAUCAUUUAUUAUGUGAGAGAAGUUUCCAGGAACAAUGCAACCUGUAAGAUGUUUCUGGAAGAAGACAGAGGUUAUGAAGGAGCCAGGAUUUGGGAUCAGUUAGCAUAAGAGAGUGCAAUGCUUUAAGAUUUUGAUUCAGGAAAGAACACCAACUGAUCCUUGAGAUUUUGGGAUGGGAAGGAAAAGAAGGGGGGAUGUGAACAGAAGCGAACGCCCUCUGCUGGCCAGUAUUUCUCCAUCCACUCCACACUGAAGCCCUUGGGGAUCGCCCACCGGUCUCUAGAAAUGCGCAGCCUGGACUCCAUUUCCCAGAGUCACCAGGUGCCCUGACGUAUUCUGCGUUCUGAAUGCCUGUGCGUGUGGACGUGGGAGUACCUGUGCCUGCAUUUGCGCAUGUCGGUGUCUGCCCUCUGGUGCAGAGUUGAGAACAGAGGAAGUUUAUUCACGGGGAGUCAGCCUGAGAGGCCACGCUGCUCCUUCUCCCACAUUCACUGCCACUCUUGCUCUGCACACAAUCCCAGGAAGUCUGUGGAGACACCCUGAGCCGCCACCCGCUACUUCUGUGCCUCUUCAUCUGCCGCCUGUGGUUCCCACAUGCCGGGGACUUUUUCUGCCCCACACUCUCCGCUUUGCUUCCUGAGUGUCCUGAAGAAGGGGGACGGGCUCCCGGGACUUUCCACGGACUCACCUCAGAAUCUUCAUCUGCAGUUACAAAAUGAGCAACUCCUAUUGUCAGAGGUAUCAUUCUGGGCACCUCCAGAUAUUUCCAAGAGCAAAGAAAAUUAAUACAUCACCUGUGAUGAUAGCAUUUGAAGACCUGGCUGUGUACUUUAGCUGGGAGGAAUGGCAGAAAAUGAACAAUGCUCAGAAAAUCCUGUACAGGGAUGUGAUGUUGGAGACCUAUAGCAGCCUCUUCUCCUUGGGGCACUGCACUACCAAACCUGACUUGAUCUUCAAGUUGGAGCGAGGAGCAGAGCCAUGGAUGGUGGAAGAAUGCCUGAAUCAGAGCCUUCCAGUUGCCAUGAAAAGGGAUGACCUGAUUUGGACAAAUCAGGAAAAUCAGGACAAAAUUCUGAGUCAGCAUGUUAUGAAAAAUAACAAAACAUCAACUCUCAAGAGAGUUGAAGUAAGAAAAAAACUUCAUUUAAGUUCAAGCCAUGUUCCAAAUCUGAUUAGCAAAAAGGGAAACUAUUUAAGAAUGAAACCUGAAGAAUGCAAUGGAUAUCACAAUGUGUAUCCCCUCAGUGGGCCUGAUCAACUACAAGCUGGUGAAAAAUGUGAUGCCACUAAGGUACCUGGGAACUCACUCCAGUUCUGUGAGCCUAUUAGUCAGCAUCACAAGAGUCAGACUGUGAAGAACCCACUUGAAAAUAUUGGACCAGAGAAAGUCUUCACAAGGGAGAAUAUACUCUGUAAAUCUGAAAGGAUUCAUAUGGAAGAAACCUGUAAUACAUCAACUGUCACUGUUGAAAAGACAACUCAAAUAAAAAAAACUUCCUAUAAAAAUUCUAAUCUUAGUAUGCAUCAAGAAACCCACACAAGAGAAAAAUUAUAUGAAAAUAUUAGAUAUGUGGAUCCCAACACUUACCAAUCACAUCUUGCAAUAAAUCAGAGACCACAUACAGGGAAAAAACCCUAUGCAUGUAAACCUUGUGAAAAAUCAUUCGAUUCUAAGUGCUGUCACAACAUCCAUUACAGUACUCACAUACAGGAAAACCGCAAUGUGUGUAAUGAAUAUGGAGAGCCCACUUAUCAGAUGUCAGAUCUCAUUACACAUCAGAAAAUUCACAAGCAGAGGAGGCCACAUGAAUGCAAAGAAUAUGGAAAAGCCAUUUUCCAGAAAUCAUAUUUCAUAACACAUCAGAGAAUUCACACAGGGGAGAAACCUUAUGAAUGUCAUGACUGUGGAAAAGCCUUUGGCCGUAAGCCACACCUUAUAAGGCAUCAGAAAAUUCACACAGGGGAGAAACCUUAUGAAUGUAAUGACUGUGGAAAUGCCUUUCGCAAUAAGUCAGAACUCAGAAUGCAUCAGAUAACUCACACAGGGGAGAAACCUUACGAAUGUAAUGACUGUGGGAAAGCCUUUGGCCGGAAGUCAAGCCUCAUAAUUCAUCAGAGAAUUCACACAGGGGAGAAACCUUAUGAAUGUAAUGACUGUAGAAAAUCCUUUUGUUCUAAAUCAUAUCUUAUUGCACACCAGAGAAUUCACACAGGAGAGAAACUUUAUAAAUGUAAUGACUGUGGAAAAGCCUUUGGCUUUAAGUCAGUUCUCAGCAAACAUCAGAGAAUUCACACAGGGGAGAAACCUUAUGAAUGUCAUGACUGUGGAAAAGCCUUUGGCUGUAAGUCAGCCCUCAGUAGACAUCAGAGAAUUCACACAGGGGAGAAACCUUAUGAAUGUAAUGACUGUGGAAAAUCCUUUUGCUCUAAAUCAUAUCUCAUUGCACAUCAGAAAAUUCACACAGGGGAGAAACCUUAUGAAUGUAAUGACUGUAGAAAAUCCUUUUGUUCUAAAUCACAUCUCAUUACACACCAGAGAAUUCACACAGGGGAGAAACCUUAUGAAUGUAAUGACUGUGGGAAAGCCUUUGGCUGUACAUCAGCCCUCAGCAAACAUUGGAGAAUUCACACAGGGGAGAAACCUUAUGAAUGUAAUGACUGUGGGAAAGCCUUUUGCUCUAAAUCACAUCUCAUUGCACACCAGAGAAUUCACACAGGGGAGAAACCUUAUGAAUGUAAUGACUGUGGAAAAGCCUUUGGCUUUAAGUCAGUCCUCAGCAAACAUCAGAGAAUUCACACAGGGGAAAAACCUUAUGAAUGUAAUGUCUGUGGAAAAGCCUUUGGCCUCAAGCCACAGCUCAUAAGGCAUCAGAAAAUUCACACAAGGGAGAAAUUAUUAUGUGAUGACUGUGAAAAGGCCUUUGGCCAUAAAUCACAACUCAAAAUGCAUCAGAGAAUUUACAUAGGGGAGAAGUCUCAUGAAUAUAAUGACUGUAGAAAAGCCUUCGGCCAGAAGUCAAACCUCAUAAUGCAUCGGAGAAUUCACACACAGCAGACAAUCAUUCGUGUAAUGACUAGAAAAUCCUUUUGUUAUAAAUCACAACUCAUGAAACACCAGAGAAUUCACACAGGGGAGAAACUUUAUGAAUGUUAUAGUGUGGGAAAGUCUUUGGCCAUAAGUCACAUCUCAUAAUCCAUCACAGAAUUCACACAGGAAGAAAUCUUAUGAAUGCAAUGACUAUGGAAAAUCCUUUUGCUAUAAAUCAUAACUCAUGACACAUUGGAGAAUUCACACAGGGAGAAACCUCAUGAACCCAGAAACUGGAAAAGCCUUUGGCCAGAAGUCAAACCUCAUAUUACAUGAAAGAAUUCACAUGAGAGAAGCUUUAUGAAUAUAAUGACUCUGAAAAGCCUUUGGCCAUAAGCCACAGCUAAUAAUCUAUCAGAAUUCACAGAGCGGAGAAAUUUCAUGAAUGCUGCUCAAAUUCUGGAGGUAACUGAAGUGUAUUAAAUAGAUGAGCACAAUCUCUGGUGGUAGAUGUCAAAAUAAUGAUCUGAUCCGGGAAGAUGGGCAGAGUGCUAGUAGGAUCAACAACAGAUUGAUCAGGUAGCUUCCUGAUACAGAUCUAAGUAUUAAUAUAUGGCAAUUCUUUCCUUAACAACAUCAAUGUUGGAAAAUACAUGAUGUGGUGCACCUUUAGAAGCCAUUUCUUAAGUCUAUGUGGAAUGCUUUUUGUGUGUUGUCGCUCCCCCUCUUCGCGGAGGAACGACACUGGACCCUGCGCUGUUCUUUUGUCUGCUCGGCCCUUCCCAGGUUUGCUGCUGGUCCUUCCUGGGUUGGCUGCUGACCCCUCCACCUCUGUGGAGGGGUGGCACCCCCUGCCACUUUCCCCGCUUCCGCGGAGGAGCGGCACACCGCCGGCCGGCUCUCUUGGGGGCUGCUCAGGUGUUCCUUCAGAUGUUCCUCGUGCAUGUUGUCUCUCUCCUCCUUUAUAGUCCUCUUCCACCAAUCCCAACUCUGCUGCCCACACGCCAAACACACUGCUCUCCUCCAAUCAGCAGCAGGAUCAGCUCCUGCAGCUCAUCAGUCAAAUUGGCGAGAGGCAGCUGCGUAGAAGUUUACUCCUCCCCAGCGCCAUAUUGUGGGAGAGCAGAUGCAUAGAAUAAGUCUUAAUUCCAGUAACUUAGUCUAGUCUCAGCUGCUCCCCACAGUGUGUGUGUAUUUUUCCAAUGUUUUUAAUCACUAAUGCCUCAACAUAUUUCUAUAUUCUAAAGCUCAUUGGCAUACAAUCCAUUUACAAAUAAACCUGAGUGGCAGGAAGAGGACAGUUAUUUUCAGAAAUCCUCUACUAUCUCAGAAUUUUAAUUUUGGUGUUUGAUUCCUCCAUGGAUUAUGGCUUUCAUUGAGUGAGGCACUGGUUAAUUUGAUGACUGAUGCUGCCAUGAUCUCUGAUUCUGGGAAAUUGUGCAUUUUCUGGCUUAGUAUUGUUUUCCUCUAUUCUGAAAGAGUUGCUGGUUUUCUGUAUGGGCUUUCUGUAAUUAUAUAGGACUUGAUCUGAAUAGGGGAUGUGUGGGGAGCAACCCGGACUGGACUGAGUUACUGGAAUUGGGACUUAUUCUAUGCAUCUGCUCUCCCACAAUAUGGCACUGAGAGGGGAGAGACGGCUUCUGCACAGCUGCCUCCAGUUCAACCAAUAGGCAGCAGGACUUGCUCCUGAUUGGAGGAGAGCAGCGUACUCGGCGUGUGGGCAGCCGAGUUAGGAUUGGCGGAGGAGGACUAUAAAGGAGGAGAGAGACGGCAUGCACCAGGAACAUCUAAGGGGAACAUCUAAGGGGAACACCUGUGCAGCCCCCGAGAGAGCCGGCCAGCAGUGUGCCGCUCCCCCGCGGAAGUGGGGAAUGUGGCAGGGGGAACCGCCCUUCCACGGAGGUGGAAGGGACGGUAGCCAACCCGGGAAGAACCAGCAGCAAACCCGGGGACGGCCGAGCAGACGAAAGAACAGCGCAGGGUCCUGUGUCGUUCCUCCACGAAGACGGGGAGCGACAUAAUGGUGCCGUGACUCGGAUAUGAAGCCUAGGCAGGCUUUAGUGUCGUUCCUCCACGAAGAGGGGGAGCGACAGGGAUGUUUUGAUCUGGUUGGAUUUCUUUCCAUCUUAUUUUUCUUUUCCUCCAUAACAGGACUGAGACUGUAGCACAUGAGUGAUUUGUUUAGGACUUGAGGCCAAAGAAAGAGUGAAGGCAUAAAAAACAUGAGAAGGGGGAGCAAAUUCACAGAAGAAAGUGCUGCUGACUAGGUGGCUAAUGUGAGCCAGCUGGUCUAUAUAUUGAACUAUGUGGUGCCAAGAUACUGCUGUCAACUGAUCUCCUGAGAUUUGGAAUCUGAGGCCAUUGUGUAUCACUGGAUAUUUUCUCUGAUCUUUUCAUAACCUUGUUAACUUGAGUAAGCAGUAAGAGAGACUGGAAUAUUCAAUACAAAUUAAGAAAACAGCUUUGUAUGUUUGUUAUACUAAAAUGUGCCAGUCAAUGAAGAACAGAUCAUAGAGGUCCACUCAGUAGAAACACAGUUGGUCACAAGAGUGAAUGAAUGGAAAAUUGUGAACAAGCUUUAUAUUAUGCAUUUAUGUUUCAAGUUAAUUGAUUUGGGAAAAGGUCUUUGGUGCAAUGCUUAAUAAAGCACUUGGGAUGUC